AUGGUCACGACCCGCGCGCAAACCGCGGCCGCCCCACCGCCCUCCCUGCCGCUCAAGGACUACUUUGCGUCGCUCUCGUACCUCUCCCUGUUGCUCCUCUCGACGCCCGUCGUGCUUCCGUCGUCCACGUCAUGGUUCUACGGUAGCGGCGACAGCAUCGUGCAGGCUACAUCGGCGGACAGGCCGCAGUGGGAGUUUUUGAAUCCCAUCACGCACGACCCGGCCGCGACGGCGGCGUGGGUCAGUGGAGGCGUGGCGAUCGUCAUGGUGUGGUGGGGCAACAAGCUGCGCAAGUGGUGGGGGCUCAAGGCCGAUGGCAAGCUGCGUCAAGACGGGAGGACGGAGAUGAGCUGCUGGCCUGCUGUCAUCCCCGACGCCAAACAACAGCAGCCUCUCCGUCCCCAUCUCCGUCUACCACAACCCGACACGCAACUGACGUUUACCCCGCAGACCAAGGAAGCCGUCCUCUCCACGCUCGGCACGACCGUCCUCCUCGCCCUGGCGAUGCACACCCUCGGCGCCCCCGUGGCCAUGUACCUGCGCACCUUGCUGUUCGCGUUCCACCUCGCCCUCCUGACCGCGUACCCGAUCAUUGCGACGCUGGGCUUUCCGGACCUGUACGACGCCGGCAUCGCCGCGCGGUUCCGCCUCACGCGCCUCGUGUGCGAGUGGCGCGCAGAGGACGCGCGCGAGCGCGCCCUCGCGUUCCCGCUCGCGGGCGCGCUGGUCGGCGCGUGGGUCGGCGCCAUCCCCCUCGCGCUCGACUGGGACAGGCCGUGGCAGGUGAGUAGAGUUGGAGUGUCCUGUUUACCGUGGGCAGAGUCAGCCGAGAUGAGAACGCCCCGCUGCAGGCAGGCUGUCAUCUCGUCGACUCGUGCCCGUCUCGGUCGCAGCUAUGAUAGUCCCAAAAAUCGAGCUGACACACCGCACCCAAAGGCCUGGCCGCUCAUCCCGCUCGUCACCUCCAUCCUGGGCUUCGUGGCCGGCUCGUGGGCCAGCUUUGCCACGUCGGCCCUCGAGUCCCUCCGCAAGGAGAUUGCAGACGACCAGGCCGCCAACGCGCCCAAGCCCGUCGCCAAGAAGCGCAAGGGCAAAAAGUCGGCCUAA